GGAAAACCCCAUUUCCAAUAAGUAGUGUUUGUAUACUAUUUCUCACCAAUGGCGCCCCAAACACCAUCUCUUCCUCUUUACGAAGUUAAGUAUCGAAAAAACGUUAUUUCAAGAGGAAUAGAACUCUUCAUUCUUUUCUUAUUGUUCUCGCUCUUAGCCUAUAGACUCCUCUCUCUUAAAAACCAUGGUUUAAAUUUGCCAUUCUUCUUAGCUCUUAUAUGUGAAUCAUGGUUCGCUUUCCUUUGGAUUCUCAUCGUCAGCACCAAAUGGAAUCAAGUCGAACCAAAAACAUAUCCUCUACGCCUUUUGAAAAGGACGUCAGAGUUUCCUGCAGUGGACAUGUUGAUUACAACUGCAGAUCCCGUCCUAGAGCCGCCUCUUAUAACAGUAAACACAAUGUUAUCAUUAUUAGCAGUGGAUUAUCCAGCUAAUAAGCUAGCUUGUUAUGUCUCUGAUGAUGGUGCAUCACCUAUUACCUAUUAUUCACUUGUUGAAGCAGCUAAAUUUGCUAAGCUUUGGGUUCCUUUUUGUAAGAAGUAUAAUAUUGCACUUAGAGCCCCUUUUCGAUAUUUUAAUGCCAACUUAUCGCCACCCCAAGAUAGUUCACAAGGGUUCUUGGAAGAUUGGAAAAGGAUGAAGGAUGAAUAUAAACAGCUGUGUGAAAAGAUUGAAGAUGCAAGUACACAAGAACCAGAGGCAUGUGAUUUUGCAGGAGAUUUUGGUGUUUUCUCAAAAAUUGAACGCAAAAACCAUCCCACCAUUAUAAAGGUAAUAUUGGAAAACAAGGAGGGUAUUGCUGAUGGCUUGCCUCACCUUGUGUACAUCUCAAGAGAGAAGCGUCCAAAGCAUCCCCAUCACUUCAAAGCAGGCGCCAUGAAUGUUCUGACUAGAGUCUCUGGAUUGAUGACAAAUGCUCCAUUUAUGCUGAAUGUGGAUUGUGAUAUGUAUGCAAAUAACCCACAAGUUGUUCAACAUGCUAUGUGUUAUUUUCUUGGUGCUAAGGAUGAAAAAGAUUGUGGUUUUGUUCAAUUUCCACAAUACUUCUACGAUGGAUUGAAAGAUGAUCCUUAUGGUAACCAAUUGAAACUCUUACACGAGUAUUUGGGAAGAGGAAUUGCUGGCAUUCAAGGGCCAUUUUAUCAAGGAACAGGAUGUUUCCACAGACGAAAAAUUAUAUAUGGCUUGUCGCCAAAUGAAAAAAUAAAUACUGAAGAAUUGAGGGAUGAGUAUCUACAGAAAACUUAUGGAAAAUCACAGAAGUUAUUAGCAUCAGUUGCUCAGACUUUAUCAGCAGGAUCAAAUAUUAUUGAGCAACUUAAUUCUGAUUCUCUUUCGAGUACCAUUGAGGAAGCACAACAAAUUGGAAGUUGUGGAUAUGAAUUUGGUACUGCCUGGGGUCAAAAGUUGGGCUGGCUAUAUGGAUCUGCAACAGAGGAUGUCCUCACUGGGCUUUUUAUCCAAGGGAAAGGCUGGAGAUCCGCCUACUGUACACCCGACCCGCCUGCUUUUCUUGGAUGUGCACCUUCGGGUGGGCCGGCUAUAAUGAUCCAACAGAAGAGAUGGGCUACUGGGCUUUUUGAAAUUAUUUUCUUCAGUCAAAGCCCAAUUAUCGGAACUCUUUUUGGAAAGCUUCAAUUGAGACAAUGCAUGGCUUAUUUGUAUAUCCAACUAUGGGCCUUGAGAUCCAUUUUUGAAGUUUGUUAUGCUAUUCUGCCUGCCUAUUGCCUGAUCACCAAUUCCAGCUUUUUACCCAAGGCAAAUGAACCAAGUAUGGUUAUACCAGCAUCAAUCUUUAUCGUCUACAAUCUAUAUGGUUUAUCAGAGUAUGUUAGAGCAAAUGAGCCAAUAAAAGCAUGGUUNAAAAAAAGACCUAAGGUAAUGAUGGAGAUGACACAAAUAAAUUCAAAUAUUGGAAGGUUCACAUUUGAUGAUUCACCAAUUUUUGUGCCUGGCACUACAAUUCUCUUAUUGAACCUUAGUUCCUUGUUCAUUGGGAUUUUAGAUUUCAAACAAGGGAGAGAUUUUGAAUGGGGAUUAGGAGAGGUUAUAUGCAUUAUGUGGGUACUUUUCAUAUUUUGGCCAUUUUUGAAAGGGUUAUUUGCUAAAGGAAAGUAUGGGAUUCCAGCAACAACUAUUCUCAAGUCAGGUGCAUUGGCAUUGUUGUUAGUUCAUCUUUUCAAGUUUACCAAUAAGUUGUAAAUUUUAGUUCUUACAUUUUGAAUGCUCAAUUUCAAUAGUAUAUAUGAGAUUAAUUAUGUACUCCCUCCGUCCAAAGUUAUAUAAUAUAGUUUCCUUUUUAGUC